AUGAUCAGAAGGCGUAAAGGGCACAGAAAGUCUCGGGAAGGCUGUCUUCAAUGCAAGGAGCGGCACGCUAAGUGCAACGAGGUCCAUCCGCAAUGCCUUCAAUGCGAGCGGGCCGACAUCUCGUGCAGCUUCUCGUCGCCUGCCCUGACUAUGACGCCACUCAAUGAGGACAGUCUGGCUGAUCUCGAGCUGCUGGAGCACUGGCACCGGCAUCCCAUCACAGGCGAUAUGACGGAGACUACGAAGAACCUGCAAUACGACCUUGUCCGCUUGGGCUUCUCUCACCAUUACUUGCUGAAUAGCAUCCUGGGCCUCACAGCCCUCCAGCUCUACAGUGAAGAUCAGUCCCAGUCUAAGUGGUACGCUAGAGCCGUGGCGCACCAGCAGGCCGCAAUCACCCGAGCCAGGCCGCAUUUCGAAUCCCUUGAUCAGACGCAGCGUCAAGCUCUGCUGGGGUUCUCUGCCUUCACCUCCAUGUAUGCGGUAGCGGAGCCUGUCUAUCGCCCCCCUCGUGUCCGCUCUCUGGCACAGUUCGACCCUAUCGAGGAGCUGUUGAAGGCACUCCGCUUCAGCAGGUGUACCUCGGUGUUUGUGCAGCAGAACUUCCCCCCUCUAGUCGUCUCAGAAUCGUGGCUUCUGACUAAAUUCGACGCUAAUUAUCAAUACACUCGGCAGGAUCUCGAAAUAAGAUAUCCACAGCUUGCGUCUCUUCGGGCAUGUAUAGAGCAUCGAUGUGUGGGUGAACAGAAAGCAGCAUGCCUCCAUGCUGUCAACACACUGUUCCGCCGCAUUGCAACGCUCUCAGACAACCCCGAAGAUCCCGAACCGGGCAAGGUCAUUUGGGGUUGGGGACUCGAGGUAUAUCAGAUCUUUCUAGACUUAUGCUCGGCGCGACAUCCCGUGGCGCUCGUCAUUCUGGCUUACUUUACUGUCUUGAUGACAUUCUAUAAGGAGCACUGGUGCAUGGGAGCCUGGCCAGGCGGGUUACUGGGAUAUAUCAUGGGGGUCCUGGGAGAUGAGUGGGGAGAUGCUCUGAAGUGGCCUAGUGGUCUUGUCUUUGAGUCGGAAACCUCUGCACCAAAGGGCCUACCGCGGCUACUCGCAGCGGCGUAA